GUCAAAAGAAAAAAUAAAGAAAAUAAGCCAAACAAAGUAAAUAUGUUUCGCCGUGGAAAAUUAUCCUUUCUGAACACCAAAGACGAUCGCAUUAAAAUAAUCAACGAACGCAUAAACAUAACAGAACGACAUUUAAUGGAGAUGUGUUCUUCAUUUGCUUUGGUGACAAGGAAAAUGGCCAAAUACCGCGACUCCUUCGAUGAGUUGGCCAAGGGUGUAAAAAGUUAUGCGGACGACGAGGAAAUCAACGAGAGUCUCUGUCAAGGACUGAAGAGCUUCACCAACGCAGUCACAAUAAUGGGCGACUAUAUGGACAUCAAUGUGCACCGUUUGGAACACAAAAUUGUCAACGAGUUGGCGCAAUUUGAGCAGCUCUGCAAGUCCACCCGGGACAAUCUACGCCUCGCAGUUAUUGCCCGAGAUAAGGAAGUCCUGCGUCAACGCCAGAUGCUGGAGCUCAAGUCAAAGUUUUCAGCCAACAAUAGUGCUGCCGAUUCAGAGUUGUUUAAGGCAAAAAUGGAGGUUCAGCGCACUAACAAAGAGAUCGACGAUAUCAUCGGGAAUUUCGAGCAGAGGAAGUUGAGAGACUUGAAGCAGAUAAUCAGUGAUUUUAUCCUGAUCUCCAUGAAGCAGCACACCAAGGCUUUGGAGGUCCUUUCCGCAAGUUACUAUGAUAUAGGAAGCAUCGAUGAGCGCGACGAUUUCCUGGAGUUUCAGAAGCUAAUGAAGACCAAGGAGGAGCCCACUCCCCGAAAAGCGGCCCUUAAGAAGGGUUUGCGAUCCCAAUCGAUGGAUAGCUUGGAGCAUGAACACCUGGUCAGUCCGCUAAAGAGGCGCCAAAAAUUAUCCAGGAGUAGCAAGAAUUUGGCAGGUGCCGGAAUCAGCCACGGGAGUAAAACGGAACCCGAGGAGGAAACUGAUGAGCAGGAAGAGGAGGAGGAUGACGACGAAGAUGAGGAAACCGACCAAAGUGGCGAGGAAGAAGAGGAAUCUGGAACCGCAUCAGACGAUGAAAGGGAGCCCAUCCAGCCGAGCAGCCAGCUCACUCCUCGCGAGAAUGUGUUUGGGGCCAAGAUCCGAUCCGCUGCCAAAGAUGCUCCAACGGCUUCGUCAAGCGCGAGUGCAACUCCUGCUCCCUCGAAACCAGCCAGGCAGACGGUCAAACAUCCUUUCAAGGCGGUGGCAUCCACGCAUGUAAGGCUGCAGAAGCAGUUUCACGUGCCCCAGCACUAGCACGUAAAUUAUAAGCAAAACUAGAGCUCCUAGUCAUCCAGAGGUCAUAUCAGUAUUGCAGACUUUUUAGUCACACAUUGGAAAUAAUAAACAUAACAUAAUACUAAACUUACAUAAUA